AUGUCACAAGAACGACAACAUCUGCUAAGUCUUUUCACCUUAUUGGUAAUUGUACUCGUUUUGAUUCGGAACGCGAUAGGACAACGACGGUCGUUUUCUAUGAGACCUCAUGUUGUUUUGAUUGUAGCGGAUGAUUUAGGGUGGAAUGAUGUCAGCUGGAAUAAUCCCGACAUAAAGAUGCCUAACUUAGAACGUCUUGCGCGAGGUGGUGUCAUCCUCAACCAGUCGUAUGUACAACCGGUUUGUAGCCCAUCGAGAACAGCAUUCAUGACUGGUUAUUUUCCUUAUCACGUUGGUAGACAGAAUAGUUAUAUUCAUCGUUUCCAGCCGUCUGGUGUAUAUUUAAAUUAUACAUUUUUACCUGAAAAACUAAAACAACUCGGAUACUCAACCCAUGUUAUCGGAAAAUGGCACUUAGGAUAUUGCAACUGGUCAUAUACCCCAACAUUUCGAGGGUUCGAUUCUUUUUUCGGUUUCUACUUGGGUGCUGAAGAAUACUAUACCCACAGAAGUGGUUAUGAUGGGCAGAAUUACCUGGAUCUUCGUAAUAACACCAAACCAGCCACAGAAUAUGGCGGCGUUUACUCCACUAACCUGUUCUCUACUGUCACGACAAAGCUGAUUUCGAGACUAAAUCCCAGAAUCCCAACAUUUCUUUAUCUCCCGUUUCAAGCCGUACAUUCCCCGCUAGAGGUUCCUCAGAAAUAUCUAGAUAUGCACAAGAAUAUUGAAGAUGUGAAUAGAAGGAAAUACAGUGGAAUGAUUUCAGCUUUAGAUGAAGCAGUAGGAAAUAUAACUACCGCUCUAAAGAAAUAUGGUUUCUAUAGCAACUCGGUUAUAGGUUUUACCACUGACAACGGAGGACAGAUUCAGUUUGGUGGAAACAAUUGGCCUCUGAGAGGAAACAAAGGAACAUUAUGGGAAGGAGGAACUAGAGGUCCCGCCUUCGUACACAGUCCUUUAUUGAACAGGAAGGGUUUCGUAACCAAUAAUCCUUUCAAGUUACUACAGGGUUGA